AUGCGCAACAACGCCGGAGAGCACUACAACAUCAAUUAUUACUACAACAACUCCUGCAACGACAACGUCAUAUCCUGUAUCAACAACGUUAUGCCCAACCUGCACUACAACUGCUGCGACGACAACUUCUUUAUCAGUACAACCAGUGCAGUUGUGACUACAUCCACUAAUACAAGUCCCACUACAGAAGAAGUAAUCACUACUCCUGUUACAACACCAACAAUUGCUAUAACUACAACCGAAACUACGAUUACCACUGGGGUUAUUACUACUAUCUCUACCAGUACAAUUUCAGUCACUACUAGUACAACUUCUUCUCAACCGGAUACCACUACAUCGAGUGCUACAUCGUCAUCUAGUACUUCUUCUGUAGCUACUACAACUACAUCAGAUUCACCAACGACUACUACAGCAACAAUAUCCACUUCAUCUAUAAUAAGUACUAGCGCAAGAUCCACAACAACAAUCGAUUCCACAACAUCAACAUCUGCAACGACUACCACUCCCAGUGUGACAACCAUAAGUUCUUCAACUACUACUACUCCAACAGAUAUCACAUCUACUUCUGAAACUACUACUACCACGCCGAUUACUACUAGUGUACAACCAGCAACAACCACAAGCUCACCACCACCAACAACAACUGUUGGGACCACAUCUACUAUGGAAACUACCAGUUCGUUUGUUUCAACUUCUUCCACCACAGAAUCAUCGAAUACUACAAGCUCCCCAAUAACCACAACGAUUGUAUUAACUACUACUACCGGCAGUGAUACUCCGUCUACUACAACUACUAUUGGCAUAGAUACAACAUCUACGCCUAACACUGAUACUACCACUACUGGCACUAUUACAAGUACUGAAACCACAUCUACACCAGUCACCGAUACUACCACAACUGACACUACUACCAUUUUAUCUACAACUACUACAACUGACAUUACACAGAGUACCACGACAACUAUACCAAUCUGUCCGACACGCGUUCCGUGUAAGAUUCGCUGCCAAACGGCAAAACCGUGUAGCAAAUCGUGGCAUUGUCAAAAUAACAAAAACCCAACCUCCUCUAAUCGCUGUUCUACACUUUAUCAACAAGGCUAUCGGCAAAUCGCCAAGACCACUGGAACAAAUACCGUCAUUCGGAUACUUCAUCGGGACCACUCACCUACUGUGAAAUGCAAAUGGACUUGUCCGAGUGAAAGUAAGGUGAUAUAUUCAUAA